GGAUCCACGGACGGACGGACGCACGAACGGACCGAGCGAGGGAGGGAGCAAGCGAGACUUCGCUGGCGAGGAGUCGCGCGAGCGGCGGCUGCUUGGCGCUUCCCCGCACUGCUGGACGCUAGGCGCCUCCGCGGCCCCGGGCUCCCGGACGCAGCUUCCUCGUGCGCGCCGGGCGCGGGGCCCGGGGCUUUCUCUGCAGAAGGGAUCGCUGAACUAACUCCAAGCUGGUGUGCAAAGUGUCUGAACAGUUGCCGGCCCAAGAGCUGGAGUCAUCAUGGCGGCUGGAGUUGCAGCCUGGCUGCCUUUUGCCCGGGCUGCAGCCAUUGGGUGGAUGCCAGUGGCCAACUGCCCCAUGCCCCUUGCCCCAGCCGACAAGAACAAGCGGCAGGAUGAACUGAUCAUCCUCAACGUGAGUGGGCGGAGGUUCCAAACCUGGCGGACCACACUGGAGCGCUACCCAGACACCCUGCUGGGCAGCACGGAGAAGGAGUUUUUCUUCAAUGAGGACACCAAGGAGUACUUCUUUGACCGGGAUCCAGAAGUGUUCCGCUGCGUCCUCAACUUCUACCGCACGGGGAAGUUACACUACCCGCGGUAUGAGUGCAUCUCGGCCUACGACGAUGAGCUGGCUUUCUAUGGCAUCCUCCCCGAGAUCAUCGGAGACUGCUGCUAUGAGGAGUACAAAGACCGCAAGCGGGAGAACGCCGAGCGGCUCAUGGACGACAACGAUUCCGAGAACAACCAGGAGUCCAUGCCCUCGCUCAGCUUCCGCCAGACCAUGUGGCGGGCCUUCGAGAACCCCCACACCAGCACGCUGGCCUUGGUCUUCUACUAUGUGACUGGCUUCUUCAUUGCCGUCUCCGUCAUCACCAACGUGGUGGAGACGGUGCCGUGUGGCACGGUUCCAGGGAGCAAGGAGCUGCCAUGUGGAGAGCGCUACUCGGUGGCCUUCUUUUGCCUGGACACUGCCUGCGUCAUGAUCUUCACGGUGGAGUACCUCCUCCGGCUUUUCGCGGCGCCCAGCCGCUACCGGUUCAUCCGCAGCGUGAUGAGCAUCAUUGACGUGGUGGCCAUCAUGCCGUAUUACAUCGGUCUGGUCAUGACCAACAAUGAGGAUGUGUCUGGCGCCUUUGUCACGCUCCGGGUCUUUCGCGUCUUCAGGAUCUUCAAGUUCUCCCGCCACUCCCAGGGCUUGCGGAUCCUGGGUUACACACUGAAGAGCUGUGCCUCUGAACUUGGCUUCCUGCUCUUCUCCCUCACCAUGGCCAUCAUCAUUUUUGCCACUGUGAUGUUUUAUGCUGAGAAGGGCUCCUCGGCCAGCAAGUUCACGAGCAUCCCUGCCUCCUUUUGGUAUACCAUUGUCACCAUGACCACACUGGGAUAUGGAGACAUGGUGCCCAAGACGAUUGCUGGAAAGAUCUUCGGCUCCAUCUGCUCCCUGAGUGGCGUCCUGGUCAUCGCCCUGCCGGUCCCUGUGAUUGUUUCCAACUUCAGCCGGAUUUACCACCAGAAUCAGAGAGCUGACAAACGCAGGGCACAAAAGAAGGCCCGCCUCGCCAGAAUCCGUGUGGCCAAAACAGGCAGCUCCAAUGCUUACCUGCACAGCAAGCGCAACGGGCUCCUCAACGAGGCCCUGGAGCUGAUGGGCACCCCGGAGGAGGAGCACAUGGGCAAGACCACCUCACUCAUCGAGAGCCAGCACCACCACCUGCUGCAUUGCCUGGAAAAAACCACUGGGUUGUCCUAUCUUGUGGAUGAUCCCCUGUUAUCUGUACGAACCUCAACCAUCAAGAACCAUGAGUUUAUUGAUGAGCAGAUGUUUGAGCAGAACUGCAUGGAGAGCUCAAUGCAGAACUACCCAUCCACAAGAAGCCCUUCACUAUCCAGCCAUCCAGGCCUCACGACCACCUGCUGCUCCCGCCGUAGUAAGAAGACCACACACCUGCCCAAUUCCAACCUACCAGCCACCCGCCUGCGCAGCAUGCAAGAGCUCAGCACGAUCCACAUCCAGGGCAGCGAGCAGCCGUCCCUCACCACAAGUCGCUCCAGCCUUAAUUUGAAAGCAGAUGACGGACUGAGACCAAACUGCAAAACGUCCCAGAUCACCACAGCCAUCAUCAGCAUCCCCACCCCUCCAGCACUAACCCCUGAGGCGGAAAGUCGGCCCCCCCCUGCCAGCCCAGGCCCUAACACGAACAUUCCCUCCAUAGCCAGCAACGUCGUCAAGGUCUCCGCCUUGUAAAGCCACUGGACAGAGGGCCAGAGAGAGUAGUGGGGAGCGAAGGGGGCUGGCAUGUUGGUGGGUGGCCACUGGGACCACUCCCCCCCUUUCCCCACUAUUUCUGCCUGCCCCACUGCACCCCUAGCACUGAAACUUGUGCCUGGAAAGAAAAAGAGGCAGCAAAGGGACACCCGAGGUUCACCGCUGCUACGUGGACAGAGCCCUGGUACUGGAUCUCACUGGGUCUGGAGGAAGG